ACGAUAUAUACGUCCUAUAUUUAAAGUGUCAUGUUUCCUCUACAGUCGACUUAUUUUAUUCUUUAAACCAGGAAGCGAAAAUAAAAAAACAGCGCAUAAUUGGAUUUUUUAGCGACUUAUCAGAUUCAGUCAUACUUGAUAACCAAUUACUGCUUCAAAGAGUGAAAAUAUCAAGUUUUGAAAGCUUAGCUCGAUCCACAUCCCAAAUCAAACGUCAGCGCGCACUGGGAUGUGACCCAAUUUGAACGACGUCAUUUUCAAAACGACGUAACGUGUGCAUACAAAAAGAAAAAAAACGGUGUGUUACAGUGUAAGGUACGAUGGCUACCCGGAAGCUGCCACCACCACCGUCCCAACCCGGGGGAGGCCGAGCGUCACUCCACGGAGCUAACCCCUCGCUGCCGACCCGGAAGGCCUCUGCCCCGCCAUUAUCAGAAAACGGUCAGGGCGACUCUGAUCAGGAUGAGGAAUUCACUGAAGCCUCAUCACAGGAACUCUACAACGAAAUUAUCCGCGUCGUACAAGCCGAAGAGGGCCAGGAGCUGUACGCCGGAAGUGAUGAAGAAGAAGACGGCACUCCCCCGCCGGUUGUCCGCCGGGUCCCGCCACCCGUCCCAGAGGAGCCACAAGAGGAGUAUUCCGAAAUAGAGGGCGUCCGUCCGAAUCCUGAACCACAACAAGAGUUGUAUGAGGUGGAGCCGGAGCCACCUGGGAGCCGUGGAGCCCAUCGCCACUCCCCACCACCAGAGGAGCAGACAUAUGAAGAAACGACAACGGAGGACGGUCUAGAGAUGUACGUGGAUGUUGGGGAGGGCGAGCAGAUAGACCAGGCCGGAGCUGAGGGGGAGGUUUUGUACGAAGUGCUGCCAGAAAUAUCGGGGAAUAACCCCGUCCCCCAAUCGGGGCAAAAGAAGCCUUCCAGCCCUCCAGCCUUACCAGCCAGCCGUCCACCUGCCAGAAACCCGUCACGUGAUGCAGAUACGGCCAGAAAAUUGGACACAGAUAAUGAGUCAGAUAAUUCUCGGGAUAUUCCUCCGCUGCUCCGAAGAGUGUCGGGAGGCGAAAAGAAACCGAUGUUUAAAAUGGACCAAUCAGCGCUUAAUUCAAAACUCGGCAAACUCCGGCGAGUUGACUCGUGCGAGGAACCAAUGUCGCCAAACCAGGUCAAGGAUCCCACGAGCCCAAGUUUUCUUAAGAAUGUUCAGCUUCGACCAGUGCAAAAUAAAGUAGUGCCCCCACCACCAGCUUCGUCAAAACCCGAGGUAGCCAAGAAACCCGAGGUAGCCAAAAAACCACAACGUCAAAUGUCGGCAUCGUCGAGUACUUCGUCCAUAAAAGAGACGACUGACACGCCGCCACCCUCUCCACGAUCGCCCACAAGCCCUCCGCCGAUGCCUCCAUCAGACGCAUCCCUUACUAACGGGGACGACGGCGAGGACAUUUACGAUGAUGCCACCAGUCUGUUAGAUGAGCUGCAUGGGGAGCCGUGGUUUCAUGGCGUGCUGGGAAGGAAGGAGGCAAAGAUCAGGCUCAAAUCACUGGCGCAGGACGGAGCGUUCCUAGUCCGGCGCACCGACCGAGCAGGAGUUGCCUAUUUAUCCCAGCCGUACGUCGUUUCCACGUGGUAUGGAGGCGAAAUGUAUAAUCUUCUCGUACACACACGGACGGACGGACAAGUGGCACUGGGCAAAGCUAAAACGGAUGAGUUGGGGUUCACGAGUGUCCGGGAUCUGGUUGCAUACCACCGAGAAAAGGAUCUGCUGCUACUCGCUUCCGGUGUUCCGCGGACCACCCGCUUGACCGUCUACCCAACCAAAAACGGAUGACCUUAUUUCCCCAGUUUACGUUAUAUUACAGGAUGACGUCACUUCCGGUGAAUGUGUUUUGUCUUGCAUUUAUCGUGUGGGCAUAUGAUGUAAAAAGUAAAUAUUGAGGAUUUUCAUUUAUGUUUGAAACUAAUAAAUUAUCUCGGGUGCAAUUUUGAAUGUUCUACAUAUCAAUGUGUUUUAUCCAUGUUGUUUCAAAAUGUUCGAACAUGGCUUUUGUUAGUCUGUCAGGUUUUAAGUUUUUCAUUUUCGAAAGUAAAAUAUUUCCUUUUAAAGUUAUAGUUAGAAUUAAAAUAUUAAUGAUUAAGAAUGGGCGGAGUGAGCGUAUAGCAAAGAUUUAAUUCAGGUAAUCUAACUCACUUAGAAUACAACCUCACUGGCUGACACAUUGUCAACGCAAAAACUGACACAAUGAGUGUGUAUCGGAUGAGUGGCAGUAGGGGGACCUUUAAACACCCGCGAAAGUUGAAAUUCAUAAUAUAGUCUAGUACUUAAUAGCUGCCUAUCUGAAGUUUCAUUGGGCCUUAAAAAAAAAAUACAUUUGGUUCGGGUUACCCGACCCUACCUACGGAAAGUAAGUGCCUUUCAAUAUGAAGUUUAAACCUUAAAUGCUUAUACAGAAGAUAGCUUUAACACCAUUCUCCAAUUAUGAAAAUGAUAUUCUUAUAUAAAGCCUAAUAAAUAAAAAAAGCCUACCUACCCUACCUAUUUUUGAAAAGGAUGUAACCCUAACCAAACAAUUUUUUUUAGGCUUUGGCUGUAAAUGUAGGUUGUAUUCUUAUACUCGUAAUACAAUUGAAUGAGCAAAACUAACAAUAGCUUGAUCUCCUCUUCUGAAUUGUGCAUGUUUGAUUUUAAUAUGUAGCAGUUUACGACUCGUUAUACUUUAGCAAAGUUCCAUUGUUCCGAUUUAUUUCAAUCAAAGUCUUGCUUUGCAAAUAAGAUAUCGAAUCGUUAGAAAAAAACAUUUAGAAGUUAUUUAAAGUAGAAGCUCUUUAAUGUUCAAUGAAUAAAUUGUACGCUGUAUUCUCUGAGCAUAACUGUAAAGAAAUGUAGUCUUUAACAUUACUUUUAGUGUGUAUGUUAACAAUUAAUAUAGAGAAUAAGUAAAAGAACAGCCUGGAACAAAAUUGGUGUUCGUUCAAGCGAAACGGCUUCUUACGUCUGUAAGAGGACACUUUUGAAGAAAAAACGAGUAACUGUAUCUGACUUAUACGACGAUAAGUGUAUUGCAUAUAUUAAUGAGCAAAUAAAUGCAUAAAUAUAUAAAUAAAUAAAUACAGAUUCAUAAAUAGAUAAAUAGAAAUAUAUUUCCGAAAGUUAAUCAUUAAAUUUGUAUCAUGGCCUUUGUAAAUACAAUAUAUCGGCUAGUGGGAUUACUCGAAAUGAUCGUGCACUGUCCGCUUACAAACGUAAAAAGAAAAUUUUUAAUAGCUCUGCUGGGGGUAUAGUCGUGUAAUGCUUGUUCGAAAUGAUGUAAAGGGUACCUUGAGUUUUUAUUAAAUCUAAACUAACAGUAUUGUGCUAACUAAUUUGUUGUCUUAUAUAUUUGUGAACAUUUUAAUCUUUGUAUUUAUAGGUUGUGAAUAUGUUCUGUGUUAUACCUUUUCGACUUGUGCAUAUCGAACAAUGAUAUAUGUAUCAAUAAAUAGAGAAAAAAUGAA